CGGAUGCCUAUUUCGUGCGCCCAUUGUUUGUCGUCUCUGAUGUCUCCAGCUCGAAGCGCUUCGCCGUCAAGAAAGGGGGUACAGGCGCCAUCUCAGGACGCGAGAGGUGAAUAAAUGGCUGCUGCUUCAAGAUGGUACGAUUUAGGAACAAACGAGCCAGUUCAACACGACCCCAGUCCGACACUCAUUUUUUUUUUCUAAACAUAGUUUGUUUGCUGAGAUUCACCAAGGAUCCUCGUAAAACGGGUUUGGCCACGGCCGUAAGUCGGCAGUAUCGAGUCUGGUUCCCGUCCCGGGCAGCCGGCGCAGGGUGGUGGAGGGCUGUGUUGCAGUGUGUCGAUGACAAGUCGACGCAUCCAGCGAGGCUUUCAUCUCAUUUCAUCUCGACAAGCGGUUCCUAGCAGUCGAACUCCCUUACUCGCCAUGCGUCCUCUUUUGCUGCUUAGAAGCCCUCAUUCGCCGGUGGGAUCCCGCGCUGCCUGUCGUGUUGUUCACCCCCCGUUCGCUAGACGCUUAUUCGCUCGCGUUGCCCGUUCUUUAUUCUAGUCGAGAUGGGUCCGACGCCAGAAAGAAACCGCUUUCGCUCCUUCCUGCCGCUUCGGGGAGGUUCGACCCCGAGCAAAACGAACCUGCAAUUGCGCCGAUACUUCCAAAUCUAUAACCUUCGUAUCCCACAAUACGUUCCCCUACCCGUCUAACAGCGGUGCUAGUUCGUCCCCGUCCAUUCACAAUAUGCCCAAAUUCCCUAUUUCUUGCCGCUUUUUCCUCGCAAGCCUACCUUCGCGUCACAUCCGAAUUCGACGCACGAAUCCGGUGUUAUACUGCCACAUUCAGCUUUCCGCGCUUCCUCAUCCUCGCACCUCUCUUAAGGCUCCUUGUAACACCCCUCCACCACGUCAGCAAUCAACACUACGCCUACCACUACCUCUGCUGCUACUAUCACACCGCAACCUGAGAUUAUGACACUCGACAACUUCCCUACCAGAGAUGAUCCUAUUCCUAUGUGCCACCAGGGCCUCCUCGACUCGCUCGAGCGCCACCCCGGUGCCACCGCCAUCGCCACCGGCGACAACACCAAGGGCUCGCAGCCGAACAAGAAAAGCGUCAAGGACAAGGCCCAUGACGCGGAGACGGAGAACAUCAUGCGCGCCAUCCUGCGCACGCGCAAGAGCUGGAAGACCGUCAAGGGCAACACCGAGGCCGUCUGGCCGCCGCACCUCGAGGCGGCGCUGCUCAAAGGGCUCCAGGAGUACGUGCCCGAGGACUCGCGCGAGACGCGUGUGCUGGGCCGCUUCCCGAUGCGCAACAGGUUCAUCUCGGAGUACAUCCUGCGCACGACGGGCAAGACGCGCACCGCGAAGCAGGUCGGCAGCCGGCUGCAGCAGCUCAGGGAUACGAGCGAGGGCCGCGAGCUGAUGGACUGGCUGACGCGAAGUUAUCACACGCACGCGAAAAAGGGCACGAACAGCGCAACCGAUCAAGGACAGAAGGGACGCGAGAGUGGCUCGCCACCCUUCACGAACGGUGUCGGGUGCUGGGACGCGUCUGGGCCUCUCCCAUCUCAAGAUGACUGUCCGCCCUCGCCUUUCUCGCCUACCGGCGACACCACCUCGCCUUCGUCCUCAUCUUCUUCCUCGGGUGCAAGCGACCGCUCCUCCGAGUCUCCCAUAUCCCCCAUCGAACUCAGCCCGUUCCUCUCCCAUGUGAUCCCUAGCAAGCUGCGCGUAUCCCCUCCCCACCAAGCUCCCGCCCCCGUCCACUCCGUCGCCACCGGCCCCACCCCCGUACCACACACCGCGACCUCCGUCCCAGCGCCAGCAGUCGACGACAACCGCACGCACAUCUACAUCGACAUCGUCCCCUCCACCCACGCCGACACACUCAGCGGCACCGUGAGCGCCUCCACCGGGCGCGGCACAGGCUCCUGCGGGCCGCGCACGAUCCGCACGAUCGACCCGACACUCGCGUUCGUCGCGCCCGCCGCGCCGGGGCCGAUGGACAUGCGCUCGUCGUUCAUCGUGCUGCUCGACGGCGCGCCGAUCCACAGCGAGAUCGUCGCGCUCAGGCUCGUCGGCCCGAGCGGCGGCGGGGACCCAGAUGCGCACGCGCGAGGGAGUGCGGGCGCGCUCGGAGGCGACGGAGCGCAAAACCCCCAGGCUCAUGUUGCUCACUCGCUGCAAGGAGUGCAGGAGACCAGCGUGGGGGUUGCGACUGGGAAUGAUGGUGGCCACGGCCAAGGAGCUGGACAGCAGCUGUUGUAUGGCACGACGCUCGUGCCCAAGUUCUGGCAUGAGAUACGCGAUAGUCCCGAUCCGACGCAAUACUCGAUCAUCCAGGACGUGCACCGGAUUGAUGCCGCGAGCGGUGCACCUCACGGCCUGUCGAGGCGCCGACGCUCGGUGCUCGUUUUCUCCGCGAUAUACCACUUCCGAUACCCGAACAGCGUGGUGUGCUCGAACAGCAAUGGAGCGUCCGAUGUUAUCGGCCUCGGACUCGACCUGGGAUUGAGCCUCGGCACAGCUUUCCCUGACACUGCUGCUAGGUCUUUCGCCCAGAACCAUCUGGGAGGCAUGGGGCUCGCAUCGCUGCCAGAGCAAGGCCAAUGCCAGGGAAAAGACAAGAUGGGGGCGGCAGAGACGAUGCUGGCGUCGUCGGCCACGGCCACACCUACGCCGCUUAUCCCGUCCUUCGAUCAGACGAUGGAGGGCAUGCUCGAUGUGAACAUCGACGAUCUUAUCUUCAGCGACGAUUUCAUGAUGGGCACGGCUAACGCCACUGCUACCCAAAAUGUAACUGCUGAUGCCGUAACGAGCCCAACUCAGUUCUUCACUGAGGACUUUGCAUCUUACUUCCCGCAAUGAAUUCUUUGUAUCUGUAUCGAUUAUGCACCGCACUAAAACAACAUCUCAUCUCCGCAGGACUCGUUUAUGGCUAUGCUCAUGCUUUGAUUUUGCUCAUGUCCGUUACGUUGAUUCUUCACAUGUAUUCGUUUCUCGCAUUGAU